AUGAAUGUUAACCCCUUGUUGGUCUUCCCCGCCACUCUCUCUUAUACUGCAAACAAUGUCUCGCUCUCUUCUCCUCUUCUUUCUCUCUCUUUCCUGUCCCUCCUCCUCGCCGCUGCCGUCCACGGCGUGGACAACGGCAAAGACUCCUCCUCCAACUCCGUCGGAGACAAACAUGAAGACAUGCGCUCGAAGUCCCUAAUCCUGGCAAAGAUCUGGUGCCUCACCCUGGUCUUCGUUGGCACGUUUGUCGGCGGUGUCUCCCCGUACUUGCUGAAGUGGGACGAGGCGUUCCUGUUGCAGGGGACGUACGUGGCCGGCGGGUUUUUCCUCGCGACAGAAUGGAUGCGCUUCCCCAUGGACGCCAUCGAGACGUUUGGUGACCAGACAGAUAGGGAGUUCUCCUCCACGGUCAUGCUCUCGAUCGCCGGCAGCUUGCUCACCAUGCUCGUCCACUUCGCUAUCUCUUACCUUUACGGCAAGCAGGAGAAGGAACAGAGCAGUGGCUCCAAUGUCGAUUUGGAGGUCUCAGGAACAGAGUCCAGGCAUUGCGUGCAGCUUUUAUUUGCCAAAACGGACCAAAGACCAUGA